GCGCACUAAAUAAUAUUACUGAUUUAAUUAUUACCAUCCGUUUCCCGAGAAAUAUUUUAUUUAAGACAUUUUCGUGACAACGUCAUUCGCUCGCGUGAAAUAUGUAAAACUGAUAAAGUUUUGAACGAUUUUUUUUAUACGCGUUUGCACAGUGUAGCGUUUCUGGGAAAAAUUAAUUUCAGGGGUCCACCAUGACCGAGCGCAGCGAGUCUUUUAAUUUAAUCCCGAAAAUAUUGAACGGAGGCAUUGCGGGAUGGAUUGGUAUCGCCUGCGUAUUUCCGCUCGAUCUGGUAAAGACGAGGCUGCAGAAGCAGCAAGUGGGUCCGGACGGACAAAAGAUUUACAACAGCAUAUUCGACGCGUUUAGGAAAAUCUACAAAACGGAAGGUAUACGAGGUAUGUACCGAGGUUCCGCCGUGUUAAUGCUGCUGGUCACCCCUGAAAAAGCUAUAAAACUCUCCUCUAAUGAUUUCUUCAGGUACCAUCUGCGAACGCAAGACAGACGCUUACCCAUGUGGAGACAAAUUUUAGCGGGAGGUAUUACGGGAGUGGUCCAGAUAGUCGUCACCACUCCUAUGGAGCUGCUCAAGAUCCAGCUACAAGAUGCGGGUAGAGUGGCGGCCAAAGACGAAGCCAUUAGAGCCGUAGCGCCUAAAUUAUCCGCAACGCGCCUGGCGAUCGAUCUGAUCAAAGAAAGAGGAUUCUUCGGCUUGUACAAGGGAACUUGGGCGACCAUUCUGAGGGAUGUGCCAUUUUGCGUGGUAUACUUUCCCCUUUUCGCGAAUCUCGACGCGCUCGGGCCGAGGAAGAAGGACGGAUCUGGCGACGCUGUAUUUUGGUGUUCGUUUUUGUCUGGCCUGACCGCGGGAAUGAUCAGCGCCUUCAUUGUCACUCCCUUUGACGUGAUGAAAACUAGAAUCCAGACCAUCACCCAACAGCCCAAAGGAGAGCGUUCUCAUACGAGCAUUGCACAAGCAUUCACGGACAUAUUAAAAUUCGAAGGCUACACGGCCUUCUUUAAGGGGGGUGCGUGUCGUAUGAUGGUCAUUGCUCCAUUGUAUGCGAUCAUUCAGACCGUUUAUUACGUGGGAGUGGCGGAAUGGAUCCUAGGGAUACAAAAAGACGUGAAAUCUAAAUAA